AUGUCCUUCAAAAGAAAACAUAUACAAAACGAUACACACGAAAGAACAUAUAAACAACCAAAAAAGGAAAACAUGCCUGUCUCCAUCUCAAAAAGACGACCAAGAACAUCCAAAAAGACCGAAACAGAGAAACCAGAGGCAUCACAUAAAGAUCCUCGUAUUGGAUGUAAUAGCAUAUGUUCUGUCUUCUUUAGUUCACUUCUCUACCGUGUUCCACUCACGAUUCUUUUUCUCUUCUUUAUCUAUCUCUGGUCAACUUCCACCACCGUUAUCUCCGGUAACGUCGUUCAUAUUUGCAUCUCUUCGCGUAAGCUCAACGAUCUUUACUGUCUCACCGCCGGUACUCAGCCUGGUUUACAUGUACCGGUCAGUAAUUUCACUAAACCGGUUAGUGAAAACGUGAUCAAAAGUGAAGAAGAGAAGAGUGUUGUUGUUCUUGGUGAAGGUGGACACAAGAGUUUCGCAAAGAAUGAAACUGAUACCGGAGAAAGAGACUCAUACAACUCUACGGUCGGAACAAGCCCCAACGUCAUCACGAACGAAACUUCCACGGGAGAAAGAGGUUCCGGUCUUGAUCAAGACUCUAAACUCAUCAGUGAGAAGAAUCUUGAUUCGUUUCCUGUUGAUUGGGACCCAGAGACCGGAGAAGAGCGAUAUCGAUAUAUCAACUCCAAGGAUGAAGACGAGGAGACUGCUCUAAAGGCAGUGGACAAGUAUCUCAAGAUACAAAGAUCUUGGCUAUCGAUGGGAAACAACCGCAACAAACAAGAAUUUUGCGAAGGAAGAGGUAUCUACGUUUAUGAUCUACCGUCUAAAUUCAACAAAGACUUGUUGGGAGAAUGCUCGGACAUGGUUCCAUGGGCCAACUUUUGUAGCUACUUCAAGAACGAUGCGCUCGGUGAAUCCAUUGAGAUUCUUGGUAAAGGCUGGUUUAGAACGCAUCAGUACUCUCUUGAGCCGAUCUUUCAUUCUCGUGUUCUGAAGCAUCCAUGUAGGGUUUACGACGAGAACCUAGCGAAGCUCUUCUAUGUACCCUUUUACGGCGGUAUCGAUGUUUUGAGAUGGCAUUUCAAGAACGUUUCGGAGGAUGUGAAGGACGUUUUGGCCAUCGAGGCUGUUAAGUGGCUCGGAUCGAAGCAGUCUUGGCGGAAAAACUCAGGGAAAGAUCAUGUGUUCGUUCUUGGAAAGAUCUCUUGGGAUUUUAGAAGGAACAGCAAGUUUUCUUGGGGAUCAAGUUUACUUGAGAUGCAAGAAAUGAAAAACCCUACAAAGCUUCUCAUCGAACGUAAUCCAUGGGAAGUCAACGACGUUGCUAUACCACAUCCGACGUUCUUCCACCCGAAAACCGACGACGAUAUCUCAACUUGGCAAAACAAGAUCAUCGUGAAACAUCGGCGGAGCCUAAUCAGUUUCGCUGGUGGAGCAAGACCCGGUAACCCUGAUAACAUCCGGUCAACAUUGAUAGACCAAUGCAGGUCAUCUCCGGACCAGUGCCGGUUCUUGAACUGUACCGGUGGAGGGUGCGAUAAACCGGAAUCGGUUAUAGAGCUUUUUCAAGACUCAGAGUUCUGUCUUCAGCCGCCAGGAGACAGUCCGACAAGAAAAUCGGUUUUUGAUUCCCUUGUAGCCGGUUGUAUCCCGGUUAUCUUUGAUCCGUACACAGCGUAUUAUCAGUACACGUGGCAUUUACCGGAGGAUCACCGGACAUACUCGGUGUAUAUAAACAAAGAAGAUUUAAAGGCAAAGAAAGUGAACGUGAUUAAGGAGUUGAUGUCAAUGAGUCUAAGGGAAAGAGAGGAUAUGAGAAGUUACAUUGUUCAUGAGCUUUUGCCUGGUUUGGUCUAUGGAGAUCCUAACGGUAAGUUUGAGAGGUUCCGAGAUGCUUUUGAUAUUACUAUUGAUAGUUUGCUCCAUAUGAUAUCUAAGAAAUUGUAA